GAGGAGGAGGAGGAGGAGGGGCGCGCGGCUUCCGGCGGCUGGGGGGCCAGCGAGCGGAGGGGGGGCCUGUCCCGGAGGUGGCGGCGGCGCCAUCUUGGCGAAGGGGGGAUCAGGAAGUGCGGACCGCGGCGGCGGCGGCGGCGGCGGCGGAGCCCGGAGCGGAGGCCGGAGGCUCCCGGCCCGCCGGCCCCGGAGCGGAGCGGAGCGGAGGAUGCAGCAGCCGCAGCCGCAGGGGCAGCAGCAGCCGGGGCCGGGGCAGCAGCUGGGGGGCCAGGGGGCGGCGCCGGGGGCCGGGGGAGGCCCAGGGGGGGGCCCGGGGCCGGGGCCCUGCCUGAGGCGAGAGCUGAAGCUGCUCGAGUCCAUCUUCCACCGCGGCCACGAGCGCUUCCGCAUUGCCAGCGCCUGCCUGGACGAGCUGAGCUGCGAGUUCCUGCUGGCUGGGGCCGGAGGGGCCGGGGCGGGGGCCGCGCCCGGACCGCAUCUCCCCCCACGAGGGUCGGUGCCUGGGGAUCCUGUCCGCAUCCACUGCAACAUCACGGAGUCAUACCCUGCUGUGCCCCCCAUCUGGUCGGUGGAGUCUGAUGACCCUAACUUGGCUGCUGUCUUGGAGAGGCUGGUGGACAUAAAGAAAGGGAAUACUCUGCUAUUGCAGCAUCUGAAGAGGAUCAUCUCCGACCUGUGUAAACUCUAUAACCUCCCUCAGCAUCCAGAUGUGGAGAUGCUGGAUCAACCCUUGCCAGCAGAGCAGUGCACACAGGAAGACGUGUCUUCAGAAGAUGAAGAUGAGGAGAUGCCUGAGGACACAGAAGACUUAGAUCACUAUGAAAUGAAAGAGGAAGAGCCGGCUGAGGGCAAGAAAUCUGAAGAUGAUGGCAUUGGAAAAGAAAACUUGGCCAUCCUAGAGAAAAUUAAAAAGAACCAGAGGCAAGAUUACUUAAAUGGUGCAGUGUCUGGCUCGGUGCAGGCCACUGACCGGCUGAUGAAGGAGCUCAGGGAUAUAUACCGAUCACAGAGUUUCAAAGGCGGAAACUAUGCAGUCGAACUCGUGAAUGACAGUCUGUAUGAUUGGAAUGUCAAACUCCUCAAAGUUGACCAGGACAGCGCUUUGCACAACGAUCUCCAGAUCCUCAAAGAGAAAGAAGGAGCUGACUUCAUUCUACUUAACUUUUCCUUUAAAGAUAACUUUCCCUUUGACCCACCAUUUGUCAGGGUUGUGUCUCCAGUCCUCUCUGGAGGGUAUGUUCUGGGCGGAGGGGCCAUCUGCAUGGAACUUCUCACCAAACAGGGCUGGAGCAGUGCCUACUCCAUAGAGUCAGUGAUCAUGCAGAUCAGUGCCACACUGGUGAAGGGGAAAGCACGAGUGCAGUUUGGAGCCAACAAAUCUCAGUACAGUCUGACAAGAGCACAGCAGUCCUACAAGUCCUUGGUGCAGAUCCACGAAAAAAACGGCUGGUACACACCCCCAAAGGAAGACGGCUAACCCUGGAGUAUCACCCUUCCUCCCUCCCCAGGCACCACUGGACCAAUUACCUUUGAAUGCUGUAUUUGGAUCUCACGCUGCCUCUGUGGUUCCCUCCCUCAUUUUUCCUGGACGUGAUAGCUCUGCCUAUUGCAGGACAAUGAUGGCUAUUCUAAACGCUAAGGAAAAAAACAAACACAGAACUGUUUCAAGUACUCAAGACUGACUUACAGACCAACCAACAACCUUGCUGGAACCCUUGCUAGCAGGCAUUCUUAUAAAAGAAACUUUCGAGCCUCCUUAUAUUGCUGGAAACUCAGCUGUGCUCCAGACUAGAGCCUCCUUACCUAUGCUAUGGAUUUUUAAUUUAUUUUCUCUUAUUUCAUGUACACUGCUUUUUUUGGUUACAGUGUAUGAUGGAUGUGUAUGAAAAAAAUGUAUCUUUGGGAAAACAAUUACAGUUUGUUAAUUUGAAGAUGCUGGUCUUGACUCAUCUUUAUUUUUAUUCGCACAUCCCACCCCAUCCCCUGAACUACUUGGGAGGUGGGGAGGGGUACGAGUCCACUGUUGCUUUGGUAGAGAUGAGAGGCUGCGUUUUGCUGCUAAAGCAAGAGAAACAUCAUGGAGCUGAAGCACACACCUGGUCCGUCCCUAGAUUUCUCCUCAAGGCCUCUGGAGCAACCAGCACUUGCCCCCUUGGAAUGCAGAGCCUGGCCUGCCAAACUACAAUGUGGUAGGCUGAAACGAUGGUGUUAAUUCUUAGGACUACUUUUCUAGUCACUGAUGUUUUCAAAUUUCUAAGAAAAAGAAAAUGAGGCUCAAGAGGCUGCUUCGUAGAAUUCCUUUUGAAUGAAUUGAGUGGGGAUGGGGACACAGUCUCCAAGUGUGUAUGUGGUCUUUUCUGAUCUCAGCUGUGUGGCUGCACCUCUUCGCUGUUCAUUGGUUCCUCUCCUGGAAAGUUGCUUCUAACCAGCACCGGAUGGUGAUCAUUGGUAAGCUCUGCUCACCUCCCUCUCUCUUGCUUCAUUUGGCUUUAUCAAAAAGAACUGGCAUAGCUCUGAAGUUGUUUGGCUUGGGAAAUUAUGGAUUCUUUCAAGCCACUCCCCCAAGGUGGGUCCUACUAGAAAGAGUUAGCAUUUUAAGGGGGGUUGUUCUAUACAUCUGUGUCCUUACCCCAGGUUCAGGAACUGCCAGGGAGGGAAGAUGAGGUGGGGAGUCUGUACUGAGAUGGAACUGUCAGUGCUGUGUUGUAUGUACUUGCUGUUGUAAAAGUUUGGGCAUGACUUUGCAUCUAGCGGGUGCUGCCUGCAUCUCUUUGUCUGUAAGCUUGCUCUGGGAUUCAGACAGCCUCUUAGGACCUACGAUGCCAGCAGCUCUCAUUAAGAGUGAAAUGACUGACAGAGGCCAAGGAUGGCCAAGUGAAGACCCAAGUCUCAGAAAACCCAGACUUGGGACAACUGCCUGGGAACUGUAGGAUGCUAAAGCAGUUCUGUAAUGCUUUGAGACACAGCAAUUUUCACAUUGGCCAUUCUUUCCCCUCCCCCACCCCUUUUCUUUUGAGGGACUUUUAAUGUUUGCUGCUUUAGGUGGAUGGAGAGUCCACCAGUCCCACUCAAUGCUGCUCUAAUUCUACCCACACCCACCUAAUUAGGGGUGCUAAUAAAACAUAUGCUGAGGUUGAGAUAAAGACGGGACAUAAGGGGAAAAUUCAUUCCAUAGAGCUGAAAUCUGGUUUUCAAGGCCUCUGUGGCUUUCUUCUGAACUUACCACCAGCCCUGGCUGGAAUGUAGAUUGUGUUUUUAGUAAUGUGUACUGUGAGCUGUCUUCUGUAUAAUGUAUUUUGUAAUGUAUUUUUCUCAUCUACCAAAGGAUGAAACAAAUAAAAUUAUUUAAAUAGU